CUGUGGGCUGGCUGGUCUCUGUUCACACUCCACUGCUGUUUGAGCCAGUGACAGGCAGCUCGUGACUGGCCUGUCAAUUCGAAAUGAGGCCCUCCCUGGGCUGUAUUCAGUAACUUGACCGGGAAGUCAUUUCUCACAACUUCUUAGCUGAUGAACAGGAAAGAACUGGACCUUAACACCUAGUCCAACCUAGGAGGCUGGAGCAGGUCUCGGGCCGGGCAGCGCUUUCGGGGCUGCUUUUUGAGUCCGCAGAAGUAACACUGCGCGGGCUUUUGAUUGGUUGGGUUCGGGGAGUUCGUGGAAUCGCGACUGGCAGCGGCGUUGGUGAAUUCGCUCACAGGAACCAGCGGGGGAUUGUGCGGCUGGACAGCGUCAGCAUUGUGCAGAGCAGCCUCCAGCGUGUCGGCUGUCUUGAUCACCGAGUGUAAGGUAAGAUCGGCAUUUUCCAGCAGCCGCUGGCGCACAUACACUGACCUAAUUCCUGUAACAAAGGCAUCUCGUACUAGCAGCUCCGCAUGCUGUUCCGCCAUGAGCAUUUUGCAGUCACAAGUCCUGACGAGUGUCUGUAGGGCUCAGAGAAACUGGUCGCUCGAUCCUCUAGGCCGCUGUCAUCGCGUAGCUAAGUGAUGUCUUGCAUAGACGGUGUUCACUGGCCGCAGGUACUGUCUUUUGAGGGCGUCCAGUGCCCCUUCAUAGGUCGGCAGGCCUCAGUUAAGUGAAUAAACUUUUGGGGUGAUCCUCGAGAGGAGAAUUUGGUGCAUAACAGCUAGUUCAGUUGCACUAACCUCCUCUAAGUAUAAUUGGAAGCAUGCAAGCCAGAGUUCAGAGGCAAGAGCUGCUUCAGGGUCUUGGGGGUCCAAAUCCAAUCUUUCUGGACGUAAAACGGUUUCCAUGUUUUAAAACUUCCAGUCAAUAAAAUUGAUGCACCAUCAAUAACUCUCUCUGAGACGUAAAGGCAAGAUAUCGGCUUUUAUGCACUGGAAGAAGGAAUAAGCAAUGGUUGACCACCAUACUACAUCCUGGAGACGGAGAGGCCGGGCUCAGGCCUCAAUCGCCUUUAUACAGGGGUCUGUGGGAGGAGCCACAGGAGCAGUCAGCAGGGGGCAUGUCCAUACAGGUAUAUGUAGUUCACCACAGAAAGCUAAUGGCAUGCUGGCCUUUAUAACAAGAGGAAUUGAAUAUAGGAGUAAAGAGGUCCUUCUGCAGCUGUACAGGGCCCUGGUGAGACCCCACCUGGAGUAUUGUGUGCAGUUUUGGUCUCCAAAUUUGAGGAAGGACAUUCUUGCUAUUGAGGGAGUGCAGCGCAGGUUCACAAGGUUAAUUCUCGGAAUGAUGGGACUGUCAUAUGUUGAAAGAUUGGAGCGACUGGCUUGUAUACACUGGAAUUUAGAAGGAUGAGAGGGGAUCUGAUUGAAACAUAUAAGAUUAUUAAGGGAUUGGACACACUGGAGGCAGGAAGCAUGUUCCCGCUGAUGGGUGAGUUCAGAACUAGAGGCCACAGUUUAAGAAUAAGGGGUAGGCCAUUUAGAGCAGAGAUGCGGAAAAACUUUUUCACCCAGAGAGUGGUGGAUAUGUGGAAUGCUCUGCCCCAGAAGGCAGUGGAGGCCAAGUCUCUGGAUGCAUUCAAGAAAGAGUUAGAUAGAGCUCUUAUAGAUAGUGGGGUCAAGGGAUAUGGGGAGAGGGCAGGAACGGGGUACUGAUUGUGUAUGAUCAGCCAUGAUCACAGUGAAUGACAGUGCUGGCUAGAAGGGCCGAAUGGCCUACUCCUGCACCUACUGUCUAUUGUCUAUUGAGUCCUGUCUCAGAAAGGCAGUGUCCAUUACUAAGGACCUCCAGCACCCAGGGCAUGCCUUUUUCUCACUGUUACCAUCAAGUAGGAGCUACAGAAGCCUGAAGGGACACAUUCAGUGAUUCAGGAACAGCUUCUUCCCCUCUGCCAUCCAACUCCUAAAUGGACAUUGAAUGUUUGGACACUACUUCCCUUUUUUUUAAUAUGGAGUAUUUGUUUUUUUUGAAUGUUUUUUAAACCUAUUCACUAUACAUAUACUGUAAUUGAUGUACUUAUUUAGCAUAAUUAUUUUCAUUUUUUUUUCUUUUCUAUAUUAUGUAUUGUAUUGAACUGCUGCUGCUAAGUUAACAAAUUUCAUGACACACGCCGGUGACAAUAAACCUGAUUCUGAUUCUGAUGUAGGAGAGAGUCUGAAAAUCUGCAUGGAAGGUGCGUCCCACACACUCACACAUCGCUACAGUGUACAGAGUGCAAACAAAGAUGACUAUGAGCCUCCAACCAUGUCAGAACUUCAGCAAUGUCUCUGGACCAGAGCGUCCUCAGGAAAUGUGGACCAAGUUUGGCCAAACCUUCACCUGGGAGAUGCACGGACCGCUCGGGAUAAGUGGGUGCUACAGAGCCUGGGUAUCACACAUGUCCUCAAUGCUGCCCAUGGCAAGUUCAACAUUAACACCGGAGCCGCUUACUACAAGGAUAUGAACAUACAAUACUAUGGAAUUGAGGCAUUCGAUGCGACAGAUUUCGACAUGGCUCCCUUCUUCUACCCAGCUGCAAAGUUUAUCAGAGCGGGCCUCAACACCGUGGGUGGUAAAGUUUUCGUUCAUUGUGCAAUGGGGAUCAGCCGGGCAGCCACUCUAGUUCUCGCCUUUCUGAUGAUCUGUGAGAAGAUGACGCUAAUCGAGGCCAUUAAAACCGUAAGUGCGCACAGAAACAUCUCGCCGAACUACGGCUUCCUCGGGCAGCUUCGGGAACUGGAUAGAGCGCUGAUGAGGGAAAGGAGGGGGAGAUGACUGCUGACACGGCGACGUCACUGGGCCAUAAUCACCAGAGGAACAAAACUUUAUCAACCUUCUUCUUCCAGUGCACGUUAACACGCCUUGUUUAUCAGCACCUCGCCUCUGCUCUCACCUGAGUGUAUUAGUUACAGAUGCCUUCGCCGCGCUUACUGAUGCUCCAGCACUUGCACAGAUUGCUCACUUGUGCUUUGUGGAGAAAGGAGAUUCCGUGCACCUUUCCAAGGGAGCGCGGUUCCUCCAGAAACACGUGGCUGGUGUCACUGACGACAUUUGAAAUAUUGCUUAGAUCGGCGACACAUCCCAGUGAACAGGGCACCUAACAUAUAAUUUCUCCCACUAUUUCAAACGUUGGUAGCAAAUUAACUUGUAUUGUACGUUAAUUUAGACGGAAUAAUAAAAAUUACAACAAGC